CGACAGAGCUCAGGCUGGCGCAGCUUCGAGAGAUGGACUCUCACCUGGCUCAUCCGCCCUACGAUGGCCGUCCGCAGCGUCUUGUCGCCUGGUGGAAUGUGCUCCAUCCCGACUUCCCGCCCAUGACGUUCAACGCCGCCCAGGAACUGACCGGCGUCAUUGCACAGCUGAGUACCUCGCUCAGCGUUGCCUCAGAACAGGGAGAGAGCAGGAGGAGGGUGGUUCGCUUCAACUACUUCAUUCCAGCCCUUGCCGAACUGCUCAUACGUCGCCCACACAGGGCCCUUCACCUUCUCUGGGGGAAGAAAGCCAUUGUCAACUACGGCUUUGUGGUGCGCGACGCCAAUGACACUAUCCUGUGGCCGCCUUCAUCUGCGUGGCUGCCUGUUUCUGUCCAUUCCGCAGGCUUGUGACGUCCCCCUUCGGAUCACCGACGAGCUCCGGGAAAUUCUCUCGGCCGGUCUCAAGACUGCCGAUAUGAUGUACGUCGGCACGUCCCACAGCAGCGUAAAGGGGGCGGGUCCGCCACCCGAGAACCGGUACGAGCCAGAAUUGAUCCCUCACACCCUCUCUGCUCUCUGUCGACCUGUGUUUUGAAUGUAUGUAGCAUGACUGAGUAUUUGGAUGAGGCCAUUCAGUUCGCCAACGACGUCUUGCACACCGAGAUCAGCCUGGCGACCAAGUGGAGGGACGCACGGCCGCUGGCCUGGCUGCUGUCUGCCAUCGAGUUUUAUAUCGACGACGUCCAGACACCGACCUCGAGGGACGCACCGAGGCGUGCCUCCGCGAGAGAGAGAUGA